UCCCCCUUAUACGGUCACAUUAACACCGGUCACCGCAUUUUUUGGCCUUUUUGAAGAGGCAGAGUGCAGAUUUAAAAUGAAUUACUACAUCUGUUUGCACCAAGAGGGAGUCAGCGAUAUACCCAAGCUGAUCGGUAAGGCCUAUUCAAACAACUAUAAUGUGGUGGCCACCUCAAUCAAUGCCAACAUGGUGCCAUUCGAACCUGACGAAUCGGAUCCAACUUAUCCGGCUACCAUUCUUAGCGCCGUAGACUGGAAUUCCAAGGUGAUAUUCACCAUGUCCGACGUGGAUGUGGACUCACCAAAUGCAAAGCUGCGCCAGCACGCCAAGGAAGUGCUUUUACGGGACGUGGCCUGGGCGGAGCAUCUGCAGAACGUUGGCAACGUAAUGGUACGAUUGCGCGGUCCACAAAAUGAUAAUUUGGCGGCUAUUGUGCGGGACAAAACGAAGGGGAACUGGUUCAUACAGGUGCCCAUCACCAAUCCAGAGUUGGCCACAUUUGAGCACCGCAAAGAUGCCACUGCAGAGGAGAUUGCUCAGGCGGAAUCCAAUGACCCGUGGAACUGGUGGAACAACCUGCGUUUCGCCACCAAAGAAAGCUCCAAAGUGAAGGUUGUAGUAGAGCUAAACGAUUCGGAUCGGCCGACCAAGGAAACAGUGCGUCGCUGGUUGGGCGAACCCGUCGAGGCAAUCAUCAUUCCAUCUUCCCUGUUUGUGAGAAAUCGCUCCAACUAUUGUGUACUGAAGAAGGAAUGGCAAGUCAUCAUAGGACACUUUAUCUCGGUUCGGGCCAACAUCAUCAUCUCAACGAACCCAAAUGAUAAGGCCUUGCUCCAGUACGCGGAUUACGUGAAGAAGCUAAUUAGCGAGAACUCCGAUACACACGUGUUAAACAGCUAUGAAAACAUGUUGGAGAUUCCCCUGCAGCCACUAUUCGAAAAUCUAGACAGCUAUACUUAUGAGGUAUUUGAAACUGACCCCGUCAAAUACAAGCUUUACCAGGAUGCCGUUCAGGCGGCUUUGUUAGACCGUGUCAGUGAUGCAGAGGCCAAAAGCAAAUUGAUAGUGGUUAUGUUGCUAGGUGGAGGUCGAGGUCCUCUAGCGAGGGCUAUUUUCAAUGCAGCCGAGUUGACAAAGCGCAAAGUGCGCUUAUACAUCAUUGAAAAGAAUCCCAAUGCCAUCCGGACGCUCUCUAGCAUGGUUAAAACCCUUUGGGCCAACAAGGAUGUUCACAUUUUCUCAAAGGACAUGCGAUACUUUUCCCCUCCCGAGCUAGCAGACAUCAUGGUUUCCGAGUUACUUGGUUCCUUUGGCGAUAAUGAACUUUCGCCCGAGUGCCUUGAUGGAGCUUUAAAACUGCUGAAACCGGAUGGGAUUAGCAUACCCUACAAGUCUACCUCCUACAUUAAUCCACUGAUGUCAGCGGUGCUCCACCAGAAUGUCAGUCAAUUGCUAUCCACCGUGCCUGCCUUCGACUAUGGUUAUGUGUCGCUUCUAAAAAAUAUCUACCAUAUUGACGAGCCUCAAGCUUUGUUUGAGUUUACGCAUCCCAAUCGAGCGGAUAAAAUAGACAAUACUCGCAGCAAGGUGCUUUCGUUUACAGUCAAAAAGGAUUGUGUGCUGCACGGAAUUGGCGGAUACUUCGAUACGCAUUUGUACAAGGACAUAUGCCUGAGCAUCAACCCGCUGACUCACACGCCUGGCAUGUUUUCCUGGUUCCCCAUGUUUUUCCCAACUCGUCCAAGGACUCUCAAGGAGGGACAGACAAUAUCCAUCAAGUUCUGGCGAUGCGUAGAUGCUUCAAAAGUGUGGUACGAGUGGCAGGUGGUAAACUCUCCCGAUGAUUGGGAGCACCACAAUACUUCUGGAACUGGCUACAACAUGAGACUGUAGUAUCAGGAGAUACAAUACCAUUGUGGCCAAAUGAUCUUCACUACUUUUUUUUGAGCUGGAAAUAGAAUCAAACUGAAGCGACCUUAA